AUGUCAAAAUACGGUUUUGAGAAAAUAGAAAGGGACGUGAAGAAAGCUAUCCCGAAUCCAAAGGAGCCCACACUGCAGGUUGGUACUGAAAUUCCAAACACACCUUUAGCUCAGUUUGUAUUAAAGUAUGCUCAAGAAAAGUUACCAACAAAAGUACUCAAUCACUCCUUGAGGGUCUACUUAUACAGCCAAGCUAUUAUUAAGGAUCAAUUUGCCGAAUGGGAUCUUGAUCCCGAGAUUGUUUUUGUCACUAGUUUGUUACAUGACAUUGGAACGACAGAUGAAAACAUGCACAACACCAAGAUGUCAUUUGAGUUUUAUGGCGGGUUUUUGUCUCGAGAAUUAAUUUUGGAGAGAACCAAGGAUAAGGAUUAUGCCGAGGCAGUUAGUGAAGCAAUCAUUAGACAUCAAGACUUGGGCGAGACCGGAUACAUCACUACUUUGGGAUUGAUCUUGCAGAUUGCUACUAUAUUGGACAAUGUUGGCCUAAACACUCACUUGAUACAUGACGAUACUUUGAAUGCUGUAAACAAGAAAUAUUCACGUGAAGGGUGGUUGAAUUGCUUUGCUGCGGCAAUUGAUAACGAAAACAAAUUAAAACCAUGGGGACACACGAGCUCUUUAGGUGUAGAAGAUUUCAGAAACAAUGUUUUGAAAAACAACACCAAGUAUGAAAAAUUGUAA